UGAAUGCAUAAUGAAGUAUGGGGCUGUGCGGAAAUUUUACCAUUCCCACGAAAGGAGAAAGGUUGUGGUACAAAAGCGUAAAAGUGCACGCGACAACACCGAAAGUCAUUGAGGGUAGUUUUCAGGUCUUAGGACUUCAAGGAAGCCUUAGAAAACAUCAUUGUAAAGACGAAGCAUCGCGGGUUCGAAGAAUGUAUGUAUUCAUUUUACUUGUUUGAAAAUUUAUUGAUUAACGGAUGCCCAAAUUACCUCUCAAGAUUGUCGCGUGUACUUUAGUCCUUCUCCCGAAAACCUUCGUCGAAUCUGUUCUGCACAUCAUCAUUGCGCGUUAGAGCUACGACGGCGACGUACCUGAAGACGAUCAACUCCGAAUAUGAAACCAAUGCCUGCUUCCGAACGCUUGCGUCACAGUGAAUCGGGUUUAUAGAAGUUAUCUAUGAUAAUGGAUUUCUACAUGACUUUUUUAACGUUAAAUGCAAAUUAGGAGUUUUGUUUCUAUGUAAAACACACACAGAAAAGGGAAGAAAAGUAAACAAGAACUUAGAAACGCACCCGCGCCAAAGGUAUCCACUACCAAAAUUCAGACGUUUGUGCCUAGUUUGAUGCGAUUUGUACACGUACCAAAACCAAGUAACGAUCAAAACCCAGGUACGAAACGAUUGCUUUAGACAUAGGAAACAUACCCUAUUAGUAUAGGUACGAAACCACUAAACCGACAUGGUACGAAUGGUCCUAUUUAGGUACAAAUCGACCGAGUGCGAAACGACCGUGGGUGCGAAACGACUGGUAGGUGCGCCAAAGGAAAAGCAAGCAUGCCCACCACUCAGCAAUGUCUGCGGCCCUUUUCCCUGAAUGCUGCUU